AUGCUGCUUCCUCAACCAGUUGGCACGGCGCUGCCUCUUGUCAAGACGCUCGCCGAUACCGUAGACUUCGGCAAGACCGUUCUUCCUUUCGUCGACCAGCUCUAUGUUCUCCCUCAGCAGAUCCUCCAAGCAGGCGCCGACACGCAAGCUCUCAAGCAUUUGUACCUGACCACCAACCCGCUAAUCUCGGGCUUCGCCUUUGCUCUGGCAAUCACCCCCAUCUUCCUGAUUGUGUCCGAGAUCAACAAGAACUACUCGCAGGUCGACCGCUGCUGGAGCUUGCUGCCUACCGUCUACAACGUUCAUUACAACGUCUGGGCUCGCAUGAAUGGUCUGCCCACCCAGAGACUCGACAACGUUUUGGCCUUUAGCGUCUGCUGGUCCAUCCGUCUGACCUUCAACUACUGGCGUAGAGGUGGUUAUAGUGUUGGCUCAGAGGAUUACCGAUGGGAAACAGUACGCAGCUGGGUCAACCGUCCGCUCUUCUUCAUUUUCAACAUCCUGUUCAUUUGCAUCGCCCAGAGUGUUCUGCUCUUCAUGGUCACCACUCCCACCUACAUCCUCAUGCUUGCCUCGCGUCUCUCUGGCCAGAACAUGAACACCACCGACAUCCUCUUCGCUCGUGGUCUCCUGGCCCUCGUCGUCCUCGAGUUCUUUGCCGACGGUUCGCAGUGGAACUUCCACAAGGCUAAGCAUGCCUACCAGAAGACAGCCAAGGUUCCUGCUGGUUGGACCCGCGAGGAUCUCGAGCCAGGCUUCAACACCACCGGUCUCUUCCGCUACUCCAGACACCCCAACUUCCUCGGCGAGCAACUCGUUUGGGUCACCUUGUACCAAUGGUCCUGUGUCGAGACAUCUUCGUUGUACAACUGGACCGGUAUUGGCGCCAUGUCAUACUUGAUUCUCUUCCAGUCCAGCACUUGGCUUACCGAGAAGUUGAGCGCCGAGAAAUACCCAGAGUACAAGAUCUAUCAACAGAGAGUUGGAAAGUUCCUGCCUAAGCUCACUGGCCCUGGCUGGGGUGAGUAUCUGGAGGCUCAGAAGAAGGCCCCCAAGAAGAACUAG